CCUGGAGCCAAUGGGAGUGUUGCAUGGGGCGGGCUGACGAACCGAAACCGUCCCAUGGUGGAGAAGCAGGAAUAGGUGCAUCCAAUCAGAGCCGUGGUUGUGGGUGGGAUUGGGAUUGGAAUUGGGGAUGAAGCAUUUACUCCUCUUCUUCUAGCAGGACGAGAAGGUUGUGGAGUUGAUGGAGAUGGAGUAGAUGAUGGAGAUGGAGAAGGAGAAGGUGGUGGAGGUAUCGGUAUCGAAGAUGAAGACUGUGAUGUCAGGAGGUCUGGGUGAGGAGCUUGGCAGUCAGGCCGGGGUUUCUGUCUCACUCUCCAGAGGUUGGGAAUAGGAAGUUCUCAGAGGAGCAGCGUGAGCGCACAGCUGCCGCGUUUCAGCCAAUCACGUUGCAGUGGGGAAUGUUGUCGGGAAUGUGGUUGGGCCUACGUGUUCCGAGUCCGAGCUCCUCCACAACACCGUGCCGUUUAACACUGCGACUCCAAUCAAGAUGAUUUGAUUUAUUUAUAUUUAUUUAUAAAUACUUAUGCAACCAGAGGAAAUUCAUUGUAACCGGUUUCUUCUGCUUGGGGACCUCACCGAGCAGGAUCACAGGACCACCACCAAGACCACCAACACAAAAAAAAAAAAACUUCAUCUGAUUAUUUCUGUCUACAAACAUCCAGGUACAUUUUGGAAGCCAUCAUGGCUCUGACUGAGGCUUCCAUGAACCUUCUGUCCUCCAACAAUGGUGGAGUUCCUCAAAUCUCCUCCACACCGUCCGAUCCCAGCAGCUCUGUUCCGGCCACUACCCCGGAGACAAAUGCAAAAACGUCGCCUCGGACGGAACGGUCGUGCCAAAGCGACGUCACGCAGAACCUCUCCGUCCAAACGCCGUCUCGCUCCUCAGCAUUUUCCUCACGGCCCGAGUCUCCGAAGCUCUUGUCCUCGUCUCUUUCGCAUCACUCUUCCGCAUGCUGCUCUUUUCAGGAGCCUGAGUGCUGUAACAGGAACCAGCAGGACACCAUUUUCCAGGGGGGGGUGCACUCAGGAAGGGCCCUUCACAUCGGCCCCUGCUGCGUUCAGGGGACUCCUAUUUUCCGCAUGCAUCACCAAUGGCAGGAACGCUUCCAGAACCAACCCAACAUGAACACGUUUAGCCCUGCAAGACCUUUUCGCUUCCCCAAAAGUUACUCAGAGCUCAUUGCUGACUGGCCUGUGGUGGUCCUCGGCGUGUGCACUAUACUCAUCGUGGUGUGCACUUUAGUAGGCGUUCUCGUGCCGGACUUGCCUGACUUCUCUGAUCCUUUACUGGGCUUUGAACCGAGAGGCACCACGAUCGGUCAGAGGCUUGUCACAUGGAACAACAUGGUGAAGAACACAGGAUACAAAGCCACCUUGGCGAACUACCCCUUUAAAUAUGCAGAUGAACAGGCCAAAAGUCACCAAGAAGAGAGGUAUUUAGAGGAUCACCUGGGAAGAGAUAAAAGACAAGCCGAAUGGGACUUCAGUAAAGACAGCUUCUUCUGUGAUGUUCCAGGUGACAGCUACUCAAGAAUUGUGUUCACCUCUGCCGAUGGGAAGAACUUAUGGAAUCUCCACGCUAUAAAAUCCAUGUGCAAUUUUGACAAUACGAGGGUUCGUUCCCAUCCACAGUACUGGAGCUUGUGUCAGCGUGCCACAUCUGCGUCCUGUUGUCCAAGCUGGACCCUUGGGAACUACAUAGCCGUGCUCACCAACAAGUCGUCCUGCCAAAAGAUAACAGAACGGGAUGUAUCUCUUACCCUGAAGGUCUUGCGCUCCUGUGCCAAGUAUUAUUACAAUGGCACGCUGGGUCCCGAGUGUUGGGAUGUCAGUACGCGCAGGAAAGACCAGUUUAAGUGCGGCGGCGUUCCCAGAAAGUGCACCAAAUACAACGCAGUAUAUCACAUUCUCCAUUUUUUAGUGGACAAAGAUUUCCUUCACCCGAAGAGCCUGGAAUUGCAUCCACCUGAUCUCAAAUACAGCAUGUUGUUUUCUCCUACGGAGAAAGGAGAAAGCAUGAUGGACAUUUACUUGGACAACUUUGAGAACUGGAACUCCACAGACGGCAUCACCACCGUGACCGGCAUCGAGUUUGGAAUCAAACACAACUUGUUCCAGGACUACCUUCUUACAGAUACUAUGUAUCCCGCGAUAGCCAUAGUCAUCGUCCUAGUAGUUAUGUGCGUAUACACCAAGUCCGUAUUUAUCACCAUCAUGACCAUGUUCGCCAUCAUGAGCUCCUUAAUCAUCUCCUACGUCCUGUAUCGGGUGGUCUUCAACUUCGAAUUCUUUCCUUUUAUGAAUCUCACGGCGUUGAUCAUUCUUGUUGGGAUCGGCGCCGACGACGCGUUCGUUUUGUGCGACGUCUGGAACUACACCAAAAUUGACAAGCCAAACUCGCAGCUCGCCGAAACAGUAAACGUCACGCUUCAGCACGCGGCUCUUUCCAUGUUUGUCACCAGCUUCACGACAGCUGCUGCAUUCUACGCCAAUUACGUCAGCAACAUCACGGCCAUCCGCUGCUUUGGGGUUUAUGCUGGGACUGCCAUACUGGUCAAUUAUGUUCUGAUGGUAACCUGGUUGCCCGCUGUUGUGGUUCUUCAUGAGCGAUACCUUCUUAAUAUCUUCAUAUGCUUCAGGUCACCACCUCACACCACAAGCUUUUUAAAGAGCAUCUACCAGAUUACCAACAAGUGCCUGUUUGCGCUCUCUGAGUGGUCCCGCGUGUUCUUCGAAAAGGUUUUACCAUGUAUCGUGAUCAAGCUGCGCUACCUGUGGCUCUUUUGGUUUCUGGUCAUCACUGGUGUCGGUGCAUACAUUGUCUGCGUCAGCCCUAAAAUCAAACUGCCCUCCUUGGAGCUGUCAGAAUUCCAAGUCUUUCGGUCCACGCAUCCUUUCGAGCGCUACGAUGCGGAGUACAAAAAGCUUUUCAUGUUUGAACGUGUCCACCAUGGAGAAGAUCUCCACAUGCCCAUCACAAUAAUAUGGGGUGUUAUUCCAAUAGACACUGGUGAUCCCAUGAACCCUAAAAAUAAAGGCAAGCUGACGCUCGACACCAGUUUUAACAUCGCCAGCCCGGCUAGCCAAGUUUGGAUUCUCAACUUCUGUCAGAAGCUCAGGAACCAGAGCUUCGUCUUCCAGUCUAACGAGCAAGAUUUCACCAGUUGCUUCAUCGAGACAUUUAAGCAGUGGAUGGAGAACCAAGACUGCGAUGAAGCUAGGGUCUACCCGUGUUGCAGCCAGUCUACAUUUCCUUACAAACAAGACGUUUUUGAGUUGUGCAUCAAGCGAGCUAUUAUGGAGCUGGAUCGGAGCACCGUCUACCACCUGGACAGCAAGACACCGGGACCGAGAUUCGACAUUAACGAUACGAUCCGUGCCAUUGUCCUCGAGUUUCACAGCACCUACCACUUCACGUUAGCGUACGAAAAAAUGCAUCUGUUCUACCAUGAGGUGGAUUCUUGGAUCCAGGAAGAGUUAAAGAAUGCUCCGGAUGGGUUAAGUUAUGGCUGGUUUGUCAGCAACUUGGAAUUCUACGAUCUCCAGGAUAGUCUGUCUGAUGGAACGCUUAUAGCCAUGGCACUGUCAGUGGCGGUUGCAUUUAGCGUUAUGCUUCUAACUACGUGGAACAUCAUUAUCAGCCUGUACGCCAUUAUCUCGAUUGCCGGAACCAUUUUCGUAACUGUAGGAUCGUUAGUGCUUUUGGGCUGGGAACUAAAUAUACUAGAGUCUGUUACCAUUUCAGUGGCCGUAGGGCUUUCAGUGGACUUUGCCGUUCAUUACGGCGUUGCUUACCGCCUCGCUCCAGAACCUGAUCGGGAAGGCAAGGUGAUUUUUUCCUUGAGCAGAAUGGGUUCAGCGAUUGCCAUGGCAGCUCUCACGACGUUUGUUGCAGGAGCAAUGAUGAUGCCGUCCACCGUCUUGGCUUACACCCAGCUCGGCACGUUUCUCAUGCUGAUCAUGUGUAUCAGUUGGGCAUUUUCGACGUUCUUCUUCCAGUGCAUGUGUCGCUGUGUCGGUCCUCAGGGCAGCUGCGGACAGAUCCCGAUGCCUAAAUUGUUUGCGAAGUGUCGUGCUUUUAAAGCAGGGACUUCAGACUCGUCAUCCACGUACUGCGAAGGAGGGAAAACUUGCCAGACAAACAAGUACCAGUCAGAUACCAGGGGACAAGUGGUGGAGUAUGAACUUGAGCCUUUGGCAACUCAAAAUACGGAAAAAGAUGAGGUCCAAAAAGAGCACACUCAACUAACCGACGAAGGUGCUCCUCAACAUGCAUCUUGUUGUCAAAAAAUCAACAAAUCGGAAAUUAAUGAUACUAAUACCAUGCCGAAUACGGACCCCGUUUACCUGCAUAAUUACUCUUAUAACUCUGGGUGUCCCUGUGGCCAUUAUUUGCCCCAGUGGACCAACCACCAUACCUGUAUGCAGGAUAAAGAGUGCCCAUGCCUGGCGGCGACCUGCAGUCAUGCCGUCAAAGACUGGACCAUCUUUUCCAAACUAAACAAUGCGAAUCACACAACCACAAAUCACGACGUCCACUGCGUCCCCACCCAGUUCCACAAGUGUCCCCAUCCUCCGACCGCAAGAUCUAACUCUGUCAAAAAGUACCCCUGCUAUCGUAGAGGGUGUAACACCUUGCAUCAUCAGUCACAAGACCAAUCGUCCCGUGACGCGGGCGCAAACGGAUCUCAUUUAAACAGUCCGUGUAAACCUCCACCUGACGCCAUAACCACUCUAAAUCGCACUCAGUGUACCUCAGCUCAUUGCUCUACGUUACCUCGGACUCCUAAAGACUGCGUGGCCGAUGAUAAAUCAGAAGACACGUCCUUUAAGGUUUCAAACGCCUCCGUUUUAGUGCAAGAUCACAACAAUCAACAAAGGACAGACCCUGCUACUUUCGACAGAAGCGUCCAGUUUCGAAUAACCGCCAGCGAAUUCUCGCCCAAAAGAGACCGUUACGUAAACGGGAGUAUAAAAGUGAACCACAAGGAAUCAAACGGUCAAGUCGUUCCCGUUAACUCAGCGUCUUUAUCGGAAAGUUUAUGCUGAUGUAGAACCAACGGAAAAACGUUGCCCUACACAGUGUUUCUCUGGAAUUAAUUGUGCGUCCGGGACGAAUUUGUAUUCUUUAAUCUUGACGUUCGAGAUGGUUCUCGUCGAUUUGUUGCUAUUAACAUUUGCCGGAGAUAUUCUCCAAACGCAGCUGAUAUUACAACAAUCAGGCAUAACAUUAUAACAUUAUAACAUUGAGCGGUGAAGUGAAUAACACUGAUUACAGCAGGUGGACAUUUUGUCCUCAAAGUUGAUGUGUUAGAAGCAGAAUUGCUGAAGUAGUUAAUGAUGUUGAUGCUCGAUGGGUCAGGACUCGUUUGGCAGCCAAAGGGGGACCAACACAAUAUUGGGCAGGUGGUCAUAAUGUUAUGCCUGAUCUGUGUAUAUAUUUAGAAGUCAGGAUAACGUUACUAACCAGAGUUGAAAUGUCUAUAAGCUUGACGCUUAUUAUACAACUCGUACAGAAUGCCAAAUACAUAAAGGAGAUUUAAAAAACAAAAACAAAGAUCUAAUCAGUCGUGCAAUCUGCUUUUGCUUGGACGUGUAUACAUAUGCGUAAAUAUUUUUUUACAGAAAAUAAUUUUAUACUUAUAAACCAAGUACUAUAAGAGCUUUCAUUUAGGUUCAUUAAUAAUUGGACAUUAUACUGUUUUUCCUGUUUACAGUCCAUCAAUAAAAAAUAUACUUUAUCUGGACUAAAGUUUUUGGACACCUGACUUUUUUUUUUUUUUUUUUCCUCAAAUAUACAAGAUGUCUUAUUGUUAACAAAAUUUUCCUUUAUUUGAAACCUAAAUAAAAAAUGUUUCAGGAGGACACAAAGCCAGCUCCACGAUCUCCAAGAUCUGCUUUCCAUGGGUUGGAUGUAUGUGGAAUAUCUUGAGUUGGUCUGCUAUAGAGCUCAAACCUCAUUAAAACCCUUUGGGAUUUAAUUUGAACAGCAAUGAAAUGUCCACAAAACCCAGUAGAACAUCUUGCCAAAAGAGUAGAGCUUUUUUUAAGAGCAUGUGGAAUGGGGUGUCCAAUAGGAAGCACAUAACAAUUUUAAUGACCGGGGGGGUCCACAAACUUUUGCCCACAUACAGAAUGUUCAUCGUAGAGAAACUGUUCCUUCCGUUCACCAUUUAAUGUCUGUUUUAUUAAUGAAUCAUUGUGUUAAUAAAACAAAGCUUAAUCAUC